CCCCCCCUCUUUGUUUCGAUAAAAAUGCAGAAGCUUCAAGUGUUGUUAGUAUUAUUCUUAGCAAGCUACGACGCCGUUCUGUCUCUCUCUGACGGUUUAUUGCCGAACGGGAACUUCGAGAAAGGUCCAAGGCCGUCUCAAUUGAGAGGUUCAGUGGUGGUGGGGAACGAUGCGAUCCCGAACUGGACGACGCAGGGUUUCGUGGAGUACAUCAGAUCCGGCCAGAAGCAAGGCGACAUGGUGCUGGUGGUGCCGGAGGGGUCCUUCGCUGUCCGGCUGGGCAACGAAGCUUACAUCAAGCAGAAAGUGGAGCUGGUGAAGGGCGGAUUCUACUCGCUCACGUUUAGCGCGUCAAGGACGUGCGCGCAGGUGGAGAAGCUCAACGUGUCGGUGGUGCCGACGACGGAGAAGGCGGACUGGGGAAUGAUUCCGAUUCAGACCAUGUACGGGAGCAACGGCUGCGAGUCUUUCGCGUACGGGUUCCAAGCGGACUAUCAGGAAGAAGAAAUCGUGAUCCAUAACCCAGGAGUUGAGGAGGACCCGGCUUGUGGCCCGCUCAUUGAUUCGGUUGCUUUGAAGCUCCUUUAUCCUCCCAGAAGGACUUCAGCCAAUCUGUUGAAGAACGGAAACUUUGAGGAAGGCCCAUUCAUUUUGCCCAACACAUCCUGGGGAGUUCUAAUUCCACCUCACGUCGAGGACGAUCACAGUCCUUUACCAGGAUGGAUCGUCGAAUCUCUCAAAGCCGUCAAGUACAUCGACUCUGACCACUUCACCGUCCCGGCGGGAAAAAGAGCCAUCGAACUCGUCGCCGGCAAAGAAAGCGCUAUCGCACAAGUGGUCAGGACAAUCGUCGGAAAGGUCUACGACCUCACCUUCGCCGUGGGGGACGCCAGCAACAAGUGCGAAGGACCGAUGGUGGUAGAGGCAUUCGCAAGUAGAGACACAGUGAAGGUGCCGUACCAGUCCGAGGGCAAAGGAGGGUUCGUUAGAGGGAAGCUUCGGUUCAAGGCUGUGUCAACACGUACGCAUAUUAUGUUCUUCAGUUCGUUUUAUACGAUGAAAAGUGACAACUCUGGCUCUUUGUGUGGUCCUGUCAUAGAUGAUAUCAGAUUGCUCAGCGUUCGUUAUCCAAGACGGGCUUGAAAAUUCCAUCAACCAUCAGCCAUAUAUAUACUUAUUAAUGCUUAGGGCUGCCAAGGAGAUCGACUUACUGGCCGAUCAGUAUCAAAACUCUUCUUCGAAAAUAAAAGAGCUGGAGAGUGAACAUGUAAGCGUGGCGCGUGAGUGAGUAUAUGUAUCUUCCUUUCCUAUGAAAAAAGGGUUGAACUAGGACUAAAAUUUGAAAGAGGACUAAAUGCUUUUGGUUGCAGCAUCAAUAAGAUUUAGCACAGAGAUGGACAUGUCGGUGGGUAAAUGAAGCUCACUUGGGUGAAGUCCACUCUCAUUAUUAGUUUAUCUCUCUCCUUGCAGCAUCGUGUCUAGCUGCAAAUAGAUAUAUAGAACCAAAAUUACAUAUAUAUGUUGCAGCCAACAUACAGAUUUGUUGUAAUAAUAGGAGCAAAGGUGGUGAUGUCGAUUUAAAGUUUAUUAUAUUUACAUAUAUCUAUGCUUUUUAGGUCUUAAUGAACGUGACAAGUUUCGAAAAUGAUUAA